AUGCUGCAAGAAUAUGAUUUACUGGGCGAAGAUGAGAAGAUUGGCGAUGGCAGUGGUUAUGCAGCUGAAUGUAUUCGUGAGCCACAUUCUGAUAACGAGGACGCCGAUUAUAUUAAUCUUUGCGAAACAAACACCUACACCCUACAUCAUAACACUGAUGAUCAAAGUUUGUUCGUCUGUCUUGCUUCUACAACAGUUGCAAUGGUUAACGUGAAUGGGAUAGAAAAUGAAGGUGAAUUGCACACGGUGUGUUCCGACUCCAGCCAGUCUAAGGCCGCUGCGCGCGCGGCGCGGUUCAUGCGUUAUUCCGUGCGUUUGAUAAUUCACGAUUUGGCGCGACCGUGUCGUAAUUCGAAAUUCGAAAACGAAGUUUAUCGAUAUUCUUUGACAACUGUGUAA